GGGAGAUGGGAGAGAGAGCAGAAGAGAGUUGAGGGGCAUGAGAUUUAGCAGCUGGAGUGGAAUAGGGGGACAACCAAGAAAAAAGCCCUUGGAUAAAUUAUAUCUAUUCUCAUUCAACAAAUCGACACGAUGCAUUUGGAAAUGUUGCUUGUGCUGGCCUGGGCACUGUUCGUUCCUGUAACGAACAGCAAAAAAACUUACGGUGACAUGUUCCCUCACAAACACAAAAUCCCUGUUCCAUUCCCAAUCCCUGGAUGGGAACCGGACACGAACCCUUGGGACGAUUCUCUGUAUCCCCCCUUCAAACAGCAGCUGAAUCGCAGACAUGAUAAACCACCGAGGGUGCGGCUCACGAGCGACAGCCCAGCAAUGAAUGGCUCAUGCAUCUCGUUCACUGCAGCUCUGGAGUUUCCACCAUGUCAGAAGGAGGACAGCAGUGGCAACCUGGUGUAUGAUGAGCACUGUGACGACGGUAUGAUGGAGGCCUCAGCCAAUGGAAGGGUGCGUUCAGGUUACGUGUUUAACUGGACAUCCUGGUUGGAUGACUAUGGCUUUGGAAAGUGUACAGAUCUGAAGAGGUGCAAUGUUUUCCCUGAUGGAAAGCCUUUUCCUCAGAGCAAUGACUGGAGACGUCGAGGUUAUGUGUAUGUGUGGCACACCAUGGGCCAGUAUUUUGAGACAUGUGAUGGCUCCUCCUCUCAUCUGACCCUGAACACCACUAACAUGACGUUUGGAGCUGGUGUGAUGGAGGUGAUGGUGUACCGUAAACGUGAACGCAGGAAGUACAGCCCACUCUCUGUGGACAGUACCGUAUUCUUCAUAACAGAUAAGAUUCCAAUCUCCGUGAACAUUUCCCAGAAGCAUCCAGCCAGCAUAAUUGACAAAAACGUCUUUGUCAGAGGGUCAGAUGUGAUUUUCAACGUCCAGAUCCAUGACCCAAGCAACUAUUUGAAGACAGCUGAUGCGGUAGACUUCAUUUGGGACUUUCGGGAUGGCAACCAGUUGGUCACCCACAGCAAUGUGGCAACCCAUGCAUACAACACUCUUGGAAAUGUUACAGUCAAGCUCCUCGUGGAGGCAUCAUUCCGUGUGCCCUGCCCGCCACCGACUCCGACACCAAUGCACUUUACACAAGCUCAUAGCACGGCGAUGCCUACGUUACCGCCUGGCACUCACGCAUUCACUAGCAAAAUGGAGACCACCAAGGCUCCCAUCAUCACCAGUCCUUCACCAACUACCACUCCUCGAGUCCCUACAACUGCUGUCCCAACAACCGAACCAUUCCAAACCAAUUCAGAGGUGACGUCUAUUACAGCAACCGCUGGGCCUGAGGCCAGUCCCACCUAUAAGCAGCCCACCUCACCCCCGAUGAUCAAACACACACACUUCAAGGAAUCAGACUGUUUCCGCCAUGUGCAUGGCUCCUUUGAAGGGGAGAUCAUCGUCAUUGAACCUCCCCUAGCUCUGCAGAACCUGCCAGCCAAUCAGAUUUUAAAGGUGUCAGCUGACAAAGUGAGCAACACAUCUGUAAACUUCAUGGUGACUUGCUCAGGCAGUGUUCCCUCAGUGGCCUGCACCAUAGUGGCCAACUCCACCUGUCAGGAGGUCAAGAAUAUCGUGUGUGAGGAUGUGGCUCCUUACGGCGAAGGAUGCAAGAUCAGCUUGACACGCAUUUUCCAAACGCCGGGCAAUUACUGUGUUAACAUCACACUGGGUCUGCCUGGAGGCUUGGCUCUUGCCACCACCACCUCAGUUACAAUUGGCAGCAGCCCUAACAUAAGCUCUUCUAAAUCCUCCCAUGUGUCUGAAGUGGUUCUGUCUUCCAGCGCUGUGCUUAUUUCCAUCUUUGCAUUGAUUGCCGUCAUGGUUUACAAGCGAUAUAAGGUGUAUCGUCCGGUGAGACGCUCUAUGUUGGAUGAUGCUGAGAGAAAUGCUGGUAGCUGGAGUCUAAGCAAACUAAGAGGAGCUCUAUUCUCUGCUGACGAGGAGAGAAGCCGUUUAUUGACAGAGAGACCACUAUAGACUGAUCUGAGUUGAGCUGCAGCAAAGUUGCUAUUUAUUUGAUACACGAGUUUGGCUGAAGGUUAUCAAUGAGAAUAACAAGAGAUCUCAUAGGUGCUUGCUUUCAGAUUAGAUUACACUGGCAUCAGUUUGACUAGAAUAAGUAAUCAUAGCAUUUCAGUUCUAUCACAUGCAAGCUUUAAAGAUUUAUAAUGAAAGAUUUGGAAUGAAUGAGACCAGAUAUGCCAGAUCUACAGGGGUUUCCAUAAUCUAAAAUGACUAAAAUUACUACUAACCAACCAAUCACAGUCCAAUUCAUGAGAAAUCAUAGUUUGGUUUUUCCAAACCACAAUAUUUGAAUCACUGAAAAUAGCUACUUUUUUUUUUUUUCGAGUGACACGGUCUCAAUUGAUUUGAAAGUUAAUUUGCAGACAGGAUGAGAAAGUUGACAGAAUUUGGGUGUUUUAUAAUGUUCUGAGAAGUUAAACUUUAUUUUGACCAUAGCUGAGAGAGAUAUUUGAAUGUCUGGGGACUAAAAUUGGUGCAGUAUUUUUGAGAAAGACCUGUUUGAUGCUAAUUAAGCUGUAGUUUCAUAAGAAAUCACUUUAUUAACCAUUUCUUUUUAUAAAGCAUGAAUUAAACAACAUGGGAAACUUGUGUUACUGAUCACAUAUAUACAAGUAUGCUUAUGCAUUUAAAAAAUUAACAUUUGACGGCACUUUUGGAAAUUAUCUGAUUUCAGAACUUUUUCACUUCUGUAAGUUCUGUAUAUACACAAAUAUUCUAAUAAAAUUUCUAAACCAC